AUGGCAAGAGCAGCGGCGGCGGAGGCCUUUUCGCGGCGCCUGGGCGCGGCCGUGCGCGGCCUCUCCGGCGCCUGGUACAACCGUCAUAUGGCCGCCGCCGACCGCGCCAUCCGCGCCCGACUCCCCCUUGUCGACCUCGUCCUCGAGGUCCGCGACGCCCGCGUACCCGCCACCUCGGCGUUCGAGCUUCUCCACCGCCGCUCCCCGGAGGAGCCCGACGUGCGUCGGCUCGUUGCGCUCAACAAGGCCGACCUGGCUGAUCCGUCCGAAACCGAGAAGUGGGUGGCGUUCAUGAAGCAAAGGGGCUGCUCGUGCAUCGCGGUCAAUUCACACUGCAGGGAAAGCAUCAAUGAGCUGUUGAAUGCUGUGCGUGGGAGGAUCAGGGAGGUCAAGCUUGGGGUGAGCGACUGCACAGGGACUGUUCUCUUGGUCGGUAUCCCUAAUGUUGGCAAGUCGGCCAUCAUCAAUGCGAUGCAUCAAAUUGGAAGGAUUGGGGCAGCAGAGAAGGGAAAGCUCAAGCAUGCUAUUGUCAGCAGCCAUCCAGGAGAAACCAGAGAUAUAAGUGGCUACAAGGUUGCUAGUCAUCCAAAUAUAUAUGUGUUAGACACUCCUGGUGUUCUAUCUCCUAUAUUUGCUAAUGAUGAAUAUGGUCCCAGGCUAGUUUUGACAGGAGCAAUUAAGGAUUCCUUGUUAGAGGAGUAUGAGAUUGCACAAUUCCUUCUUACAAUUCUUAACUUAAGGAAGGAAUGCAGGGAGUGGGAGAACCUGAAUCUAGAUGGAGAUAAAUCUUCUUUUGCUGAUGCAGUUCCCACCAGGAGUUGCCAUACUAAAAGGCAGUAUUCCUCAGAUCAUACCCAGGAUUUUAUCGUUAGAGCCGUUCGUCAAGGGCUUUCUGAGACCAUAGCAUCUUUUCAGGGAGAUUUAGGAAAUGAGAAUGAUUUAAGAAGAUUGGUAGAAAUCCAGUUUACACACUUGCAGAAUGCUUUCAGGAUUUCUGCUGAAACAAUUGAGGAUAGGAAUAAACGUGUCGCUGUCAAAUUACUCAAUCUCUAUCGCACAGGAAGGCUUGGCCAUUAUACCUUAGACCAUGUUCCAGAUGUUAGGCAGGAAGUAGCUGCAUAA